AUGAUAUCCACGAGAAGGAUUGUACAACUAGUAUUCAUGUGGUUCUGCACUUUGAAUGGCGUUACGACGUUCUAUUUCUCUUCGGGAAGACUACGUUGGUCCCGAUUUCUGGUCUGCUAUCGGAUAGUUCACAAUAUUGUGGUGAUUAUUCUAACAAUCAAGUUUCUGAUGGACUUCUGGCACUUCAAAGCCAGCUCCUUCGAUGAAUCCCCGCUGGUUAGGCUGGCCGCCAUCACAUAUUUCGGCCUCGUUUUCCUAUCCCUGAUCAGUUGUAUGGGCUGCGCUUAUCGCCGCCAAGAUCGGAUUAGUAAUAUGAUUAAAAAGCUGCUGGAACUGGAGGCGAUAAGCAAACACUGGGGCUACAGGGAAUCCAAAGCCCAGAAACGAUUUCUGAACAUGCUCAUGCUGACAGUGACCCUCCUCCUGAUCAUCCGACUGUCCAUUCAUGUCGCCUUGAAUGUUAACCGAUUUAUGAGGGGUAGCCACAAUCCAUGCAACUGUUUCCUUUCUGAAUGCAUGAUCUUCGCAACGAACUCCUUGGCCUUUGGACUCAUGCUGGAGAUCUGCCGGAACUGGUGGCGACUGCAGUCUGCUCUGGAGACGCUGAUUCUGGAUGCGAAUCCGUUUCCGCACAUGAUGCAACGUCUGCGUAAACUGCAAGCUAUGUUUCAAUCCCUGAUUGAUAUGACGGAUGAAGUGUGCUUUGUAUUCAGAUAUGUGCUUCUCUGCUACUUGCUGCGAAAUGUGUGGAGUGGCAUACGGGUCGGAUACAUGAUGGUCAGAGUUUGCCUUGGCCACAGUGCCAUCGAAGCGGAACUGGAGUACCUGCAGAUGGUAUUUGUCACCUGCAUACAGCCACUACUCUUUUCCCUGAUGAUGAACUCCUUGACGCACACCACGGAUUCCCUUUUGGAGACCACCAAGGAGGUAAUCCGUGGGCUUUAUAGUCGGGAUGAGCAGCAGCAGCGAUGCAUGGAAUGGUUCACCUUGCAACUGGCCGAGCAGCACACCUAUGUCCACAUAUUUGGAGCCUAUCGCAUGAAUCGCAGCUUGGUCUUCGACGGCUGCUCUGUUAUCCUGCUGCAUGUCAUUUAUAUGGUGCAAUGCGAAUACAGUUCGAUGUUUUAG